CCUCACCCAUCAUGGCGGCCGCGUUGCCGCGGUAACGGCGGUAUCGCGCCUGCGCAGCCGACAUUUUCCGUUCUAAGAUGGCGCUGGCGAGCGUGGUGGGGGCUGACGCUCCGCUCCCGUCCCGUUCCCUCCUCCUGGGGCUCGCCGCGCACCGGGACCCGGCCGCAUCCUCCGCCGGCAUCGCCGCCCCCCUCCUUCGGGAGCUGCCGCCGCUGCUGCCCGGGCCCGGCAUCCACCUCCUGCACGGCACCACCACCCUGGCCUUCAAGCUGCCCCAUGGCGUGGUGCUGGCCGUUGACUCCCGCGCCACGGCCGGCUCUUACGUGGCAUCGCAGUCGGUGCAGAAGGUGCUGGAGGUGAGCGCGCGGGUGCUGGGCACCCUAGCGGGGGGUGCUGCUGACUGCGCCUUCUGGCAGCGGGUGCUGGCACGGCAGUGCCGCGUGUACCGCCUGCGUCACCGGCAGCACGCCUCUGUGGCCGCCGCUGCCAAGCUGCUGGCCAACAUGGUGUACCAAUACAAGGGCAUGGGGCUCAGCAUGGGCACCAUGAUCGGCGGCUGGGACAAGAGGGGGCCUGGCCUCUACUAUGUGGACAGCGACGGCACACGUGUCCCAGGCACUGCCUUUGCCGUGGGUUCGGGCUCGCCCUAUGCCUAUGGGGUGCUGGACCGCGGCUACCACCCUGAGCUGGAGCUAGAGGCUGCCUGCGCUCUGGCACGCCGCGCCAUCUUCCAGGCUGCGCACCGUGAUGCCUACUCAGGUGGCCGUGUCUCCGUCUACCAUGUGGGGCCUGAGGGCUGGCGCUGCAUCUCCUGCGACAACGUAGCUGAGCUGCAGGAGCGCUAUGGGGUUGGGUGGGAUGGCAACAAGUGAAAGAACAGUAUGGAACAGGUGGGUGGGGGGCUGAAAUGGGAAAAACCAGGAAAAAAUGACCAUUUGGGAGCUGAAGACAGGCAAAACGGGCUGUUUUGGGGCUGACAAUGGCUGUUUGUAGGCUGAAAGCAGCCAUUUUGGGGCCAAACCUGGCUGUUUGGUGGCUGAAAAUCGGCAAAACUGGCCUUCUGGGGGCUAAAAAUGGGCAAAAGCAGCUGUUUGGGGGCUGAAAAUGGGCAAACACGGCUGCCUGUGGGCUGAAAGUGGUUAACCCCAGGUGUUCUGGGGCUAAAAGUGGCUGUUUUGGGACUGAAAACAGCCCAUUUGGGGCUAAACCCGGUCAUUUUGGGACUAAAAUUGUCCAUUUGUGGCUUGAAAAUGGUGUCCAAGGCA